AUGGAUGAUUCCAUCGAUGUCACUCAAGCUACUACUGGAACGACUGAAAUCCCUUCCUAUCGACCUGAUGCUAAGACAAGACGCUAUGACCGACAACUUCGACUCUGGGCUUCAGCAGGUCAACGUUCACUUGAAUCAGCUCGAGUACUACUUGUAGGAUCAGAUGCUACAGGUUGUCAAGCUUUGAAAAACCUCGUACUUCCAGGUAUCUCUCAAUUCACUAUCCUUUCACCUAACCUCACUACAUCUCAAGAUGUAGCCACCAACUUCUUCCUUCAUCCUGAUUCUGUAGGAUUUCCUAUCGCUGAAGAAAGUGUGAAAUACUUGAAAGAGCUUAAUCCUGCAGUAGAAGGUUCUUCUCGAGUUGAGGAUCCAGCAUCCCUCGUAAGCACUAACGCGGACUUCUUCACUGCUUUUACACUCAUCAUUGCAUCCAACAUCGAACCAUCCCUGGAACUUCAGAUUGCAGACUUAUUAUGGGAAGCUUCUUUGACUGUCGGUGGACCUGAAAUACCUCUGAUUGCUAUCAGAAACUCGGGGUUCGUAGGCAGAGUCGAAAUCCAACUGAGGGAACAUAGUGUUGUCGAUACGCAUCCCGACACCACCCAUACUCUGCGCCUGGAUGCGCCUUUCCCUUCAUUACAGCAACAUGCUCGUUCUCUCGACUUGUCAAGUAUGGACAGUAUGGAGCAUUCACAUGUUCCUUGGGUGGUCUUAUUGGUCAGAGCUGCUAGUCUGUGGAAGGAAUCUCACGGCGGAAACCUCCCCGAAACGAGUGAAGAGAAGUUGGCAUUCAAAGACUUGUUGAGGAAAGACAAAGUGAAGGGCGACGAAGAAAACUACGAAGAAGCUCUCGCACAAGCUUACAGAGUUUGGAACCCCUCUGAAGUCCCAUGGGAAGUGAGACAACUCUUAGACGAUGAGAGUGUAAUGAAUAUCUCUUCCAGUUCAAAAAACCUUCAACUCCUACUUCACACUCUCUCUCAGUACAUUGUCGCACCUCCUCAUUUGCCGCCCACUUCUCCGUCUUUACCUGAUAUGCAUUCUUCGACUACUUCUUAUGUGCAGUUACAAAACCUCUACAAGAAGGAAUAUCAGUCUGAUCUGGCUCGAUUCAAGACAUUGCUCGCCGAAAUUCUCCUGAGAAUAGGCUUAGAGGAAGGAACAGUUUCAGAUGAAGAAAUAGAAAGUUUCGUGAAGAACGUCGGUGGUGUAGGCAUAAUAAAGGGCAGAUCUCUAAGAGAAAGUAAAGAGGGCAGGGGUUUAUUAGCCACUGAGAUCGACGGUUUCGAUGAGUCAGAUUUGUCCGCGACUUGUUUUGCUAUGCAUCUCGCUCUUCUUGCAUCUGAGAGAUUCUUCGUUGCUCAUAGAAGAUGGCCCGGUACCAAAGCACGAGAUGACAUGGCACAGGAUAACAGAGAAGUAGAGGAGAUCGUGAAAGGUGUUCUGGGCGGGAAGAUCCAGGGUGCAGAGAUACCCGACGUCUUUGUGGAAAGUAUCGCUGAAGUGACAAGAGGAGGAUUUGGAACUCUCCCGACUACGGCUGCAUUCCUUGGUGGAGUUGUAGCUCAAGAGGCCAUCAAAUUGGUGACAAAUCAGUAUACACCCUUGGAUAACACCGUGGUCAUCAAUUUGGUUAAAAGUGAGUCUGCCAAAUUCAAGUUCUGA